AGAUAAGCAGGUUAGUGCAAGCCUGGGGUCAGUGUACAGCAUGCCUCGUAAUGUCCUGCUCGUAUCCAAGGUCUUGGUGCACCAGGCUGCAUGGUCGCAGACUCCCAUGCAAAAAGACAUCCGGAAGAAGUCACCAUGAUAAUGUUGCAGCUGUAUUUGAGAGAUCCCGGUGCCUUUCUCACACACCUCAUCACAAUAAACGAGUAAAGUGUUUGGUGCUCAGAUGAGGACCCACUUUCAGAGCAGAUGCUGGGAGUCUGGCAAAAGAGCGUGAAUGUGCUGUGUAACAGGAGCACUCCUAACAUAUUUUGUUCAUGUCACCUUAACCGUAGACUUUAGUACUGUUUUCCAUGCCUCACCUUCCUUUCUUAUUCCUGUCCCCCAUCCCUCUAGGCUGGCUCAUUAGCCUGACCCCUCUACCUUUUCUUCAUUUUCUCAUCACAGUGGACAAAUAUUAUAUGCAUUGUUGCAUUACAUAGACCAUGGGCACGAUUGGAGAUCAUUGUUUGGAGCACACGCUCGGUAGCGCCGUGAGCAAUCGGCCUAGGUCACGCCGACUUCAUCAGCUGCGUGCUCGCCGCGAUCGCGCCCCAUAUUACCAAGCAAACAAUGUCAGCAUGUGAACUUACAAACGAAAAAAAAGCCAGAACCAUGCUUUCAUCAGGAACGAUCAAUUUAAGCAUUUCCUGAAAGCAUGGUCAUGUUUUAUAUAAAGAUCGUGCCAGGAAAGACCAAAAUGUAAUAGCAGAUUUUAACCUGAGCAUCAGCUAAAGCUACAACAGGCAUUAAAAGCGUGCCUACUGAGGGCCAAGUCACUCUGCACAAGCGACAUAGCACACACUGUUUCAACUUGACCAUGAAACUUUGUCCGAUCUACCAGAGUGCCUCAUCCUUGUAUUCAGUUGCUUCUUUCUAUUCCCUCCCACAUUGAGCACGCUGUUUGGACAGCAUGUUAAAAGCGAUGCAGUUAUUGGUGAAGUGCACUGAUUAAUCAGAAGCUUUACAAUUGUUGCCAGCAGCUGCUCUGUCAGUGACAAAAAGCAAAAUCGCUUGGCCAUAGCUGGUGGUUACAUAGGAAAUUAGUGAAUGUGGGUCUAAAAUUCACUUCGAAGUGAUAAUUAAACCUUCAGAUUGACAGUUUUCAUUUUAAUGUAGUGAUACAGCAAACAACAAGCUGUUAAUGUGCAAGACCUUACCACUGUGCUUGUAUUUCUUGCAAGUGCUUGUAAGCUUGUAAACAUUGUGAGUUCAACCUGAUGACCUCUGUGAAUAGCAUGUGUUUAUGAGGAUGAAGCUUGGUUUAACUGCAGUUGCCACAGCUUUCUGCCUCCCAUCUCAUGUAGGUGAAGUCUAAUCUAAGCUUUCUUUCUCCUUUUAUUUUUUGAGUAUAUGGCAGUCAAAGAGCAAAUUUCUUUAAUAUGUUUUUUUAUUUAUGCAUACAUUUUUAACAGCAAAACACGGGGUAACAUUAAAACAACAGUCACAGGCAUGCUGUUCUGCCAUUAUUCCACUUAAUGGAUGAAAUUACAUUGAAUAAGGCAGUCUGGAGGUAAUGAAUAUUGCAUCUGACCAGAAAGAGAGGGGCAAAAGUUAUACAGCGAGGCUGCCGUAAAAUUACUGCAAGAACAACCGUGAAUAUGGACACAUGUGUCUGUAGUGAAUAAUUCACACUAGAUCCAAAUGCAUCGCACGCGUCCGUUUAAUUGGGCGCUGCCAAAUUCGCCAAAGAAUUAAAGCUGCAAGACUACAGACAGCAGCUAGGAUAAAAAAUCAACACUUCGUGCCUUCCAUUAACUCUCCAAGAAAAAAAAAAUGCGUGCUGGAGGGCGCGACGAGGACGGCGCGACAAGGCCCUCCCGAGUUGUGCUUCAUCACCGGUCCCAGAGAUGCGAACACCGUCGCGCGUCGACUCCAAGAGCGUGCGUUGCAUGAAACCCGGCGCGCUCAUGCCGCCCUGCUGGAGGUCGUUAAAAACGCCUGUUCGACCGAAGCAACUUUUGCAAUCGAGGUCAACCAGCAGGAAGGCGCGUGACGAGACCCGCCAGGCGGUCGUCAUGCUGGUCGUGCUCGUGGCCGCCCUCCUGGGGCCAGCCGCCGCGUCUGCCCACUCCGAGCUGCCCUGGUCGCGAGUGGCGCCCGGUGUUUCCGCAGAAGCGUGCGACUCGGCGCCCGGCUCGGCCGACCGGCUCUACUGGCUCCGCAACGGCCAGCGGCUGCCGCCACCCACGCCCGACCGGUUCUGGGAGCCCGGCGCCUACCUGUGUGUACGGGAAGGGAACCUCACGGCCAGCUUGCAGCGGGCCCUGCUCGUGACAGAAGAGGACGACGGCGGUCUGUGCACCGCGGGUCCACCCACCGACGAAGACCGAAGUCGCCGCCGUCGCGUGGCAGACGGCGUCCGCGCGCGCAACGCACCUUGGGUGGCGCAGCUGCUGCUGUCCGGGCGCUUCGUGUGCGGCUGUAGCCUGAUCGCCCAGCGGUGGGCCCUCACGGCCGCCCACUGCCUGCCAGAACGGGCCGACAACCAGUUGGCCGUGUUGCUGGGAGCGACGCGCCAGAGCGGCCCGCGGAUCGGCGUGCUGCGCGCCGUGCCGCAUCCGGACUACGUUCGCGGGACCCCGUCGCGGGAGCACGACGUCGCCCUGCUGCUGCUGGAACGGCGUGCCGAGCGGCUGACCGUGGCCUGCUUGCCGCCGACCGACGCCUACCUCGAGCGCUUCUCGCAGGGCAUCCUCUUCGGCUGGGGCCGCGUCGGACCCCGCGGUGGCCCCGCGCUUAAGCUGCAGGAGGCAUUACUGCCCAUCACCAGCCGCGAGCGCUGCGAGGCGGCCGUGGAGCACGUGGCGCCCACGGCGUUUUGCGCCGGAUUUGGCGAGGCCUACCGCGCCGACGCCUGCGAAGGGGACAGCGGGGGGCCCCUGGUCGGAUUCGUGGACGGGCGACCCGUACUCUUGGGCGUCGUCAGCUGGGGGCACGCAUGCGCGAGGCCCUUCACCUUCGGCGUGUACACGCGCGUGGACAGUUACUUGGCAUGGAUCCGUGGUCACGUCACGAGCGCCUCAGUGGCGUGACCAUUUCGCGGCUUUUGUACCGAAAUAAAGACGCUGUUCCGGCCUGAUAUAGUUGCACACGUCGCAUUAAAUGGGAACGUACAGAGCGCCAGUGAAAGAAUCGGAGAGAUUGUGCAUUGUGUACGUUUGGAAUUUGACCAUGUUAUUCUUGCCCCUCCAUGUGGAUGACGUCGUACAUGUGAUGAAACACAUGUCUGCUUGGUGUGGACGUUAUUCGCUCACUGUUGCGGUUCUCUAGGGGUUACAACUGAGAAA